GUGAACAUUUUUUUAGUAAACAAUAUACGUUUGAACAACACAAAAGCAAACAAACAGAAGAUAACUGGAAAACAUCACAACCUAUAAUUAUCAACAUGGUGGAUAUUUGUAUCGACGUGUCCGCCUCCAUUAACAGCACAAGGGACACGCACAAACAUCGAGUAACCAUUGAUCAACAAAUGAAUGGCAGCAUUUUAAUGACAGCUAAAUGACUUUAUACCAUAUAAAUAUAUAUACAUAUUAUAUUCAUAGCAUUCAAGGUCUCGUGCCACUUACCGUCGUGUCCUCACACAAAAAGCGUCACUAUUCAACGAAGCCCGCAAGUACGCAACAAAUUCUUUCCAUUCAAUGUAGCGUCGACAAAAAAUGGUGAGAGGAACUUCUAGGAAAGCAAGCGCGUACACAGUGGCGCCGAAGUUCGAUUCUUCGAACUGCACGGUCCGCCGGAUCCGUCCGGUCAGAACCAUAACGACUCGCAGUCAACUUAAGAACAGUAGCGAUUUUUUCCAGGGACUUCCACUGGAGGUGUUCCACAUCAUUUUGGACCAGCUAUCUGUGUUGGAGAUAAGUGUAUUCUGCUUGACGUCCAAAAAGAUGACUAGUUGUGUGGUGAACUUUAUAAGCACCCUUGCCUGGAAGAGCAAAAGCAUCCUCAAAAACAUUCACAACACUACCUUUCCUGGACAGACAAGUGCUGGUGAACAAUUCAGAGAUCUUGGUUUAUUAUUCAAAAGAUGCACCAUGUUGCUGCCUACAAAGGAAAGGCUUAAAUUCAUACUGAACAAGUUUUUACAGGUACCUUGCUUCAUGCUGGAGGAGUGCUCAGUACCAAACUGCAUUGGUUUGGUCCGAUAUGGAGUAUUCCUGCAGACGCUAAUUGCAGGGUGGGAUGAGGUUGAGUGCCACAGAGUGUUCAUCUUUUUGUGUGACAUCACCAACCUGCUGACUAGAAUUCAGUCAGUCAUCACUGGGAAACCUGGGUUGAAAGGCUUUGAAGAGCUGGAGCUCCGUUAUUUCUGCCGUAAGGUUUUGCUGGACUUGUCCCCGAAUCAGUUAGAUUGCCAGUUCUGGCUCCUGUGUCUCCUAAAGCCUUGGCCCUUGGUCCAUCAGGCACACCUCUUGCUGAUCCUGUACGGGCCACUGCUGUCUGAAGGCUCCAUUUGUUGGCAUGAUCUUGUGGUGCGGGGGCUUCCUCAGGAUGCUUUGUGGGACUUGGCCAGGGCCAUUCUCUUGCUCUUCAACAAGCCAGAUGUGAAAGACUGGACAACGCAGUCAACCCUAGCAGUCUUUGCAGAGAUCACCGCCAUCCCUCACCCAUGGCAUGUGGAAAAUGUUGCCCGUCUCCUGGUGCUGUGUGGCACUAAGCUGUGCUACACAGUCUUGGCCAGCAGGGCCCUCUGUGGACGAAUCAAAGAAAUUGCCAAAGUGAUCGUUUACAUUAUUCUGGUGUGUGAAAAGGAUGGCUAUCAAAUGACUUGGGCGGUGAAGUUGGUGCAGCAUAUCCACAUGUGUUUCAAAUCAGCUGUUGAAAAGUUCAUCUUCAUCCAUCAGCUGGAGAACACGUUCUCCGAGGUCACCAAAGAGUUUUAUGAGAUUUAUGUAGCAGGCAACCAUCUUGAUGCCAGGGAAGCUUUCGGAACCUUGUGUCUCCUCCUGCACGCCAAUGCUACAUUUCAUGCAAAGUUCCUUCACAUGAUGCUUAAAUAGAAGCAAUGCAAAUUGACUUCAGAAGACCUUGAAACAGUGAAGUUAAAGAGAGAACUGGAACAGCAUAGCAAAUGUUAAUUUUAUCAAUUAAUUUAUCCUUAUAUACUAUUUAAUAUGUAACAUGUAUUUAAAAAGAAAGUUUUUUGACACCUAUUUAUUUACAGUGAAUGUUAGCGAUUGUAGUUGUAAUACACUGUUUUUAUUGUGUUGGUGUUUAUUAAUAUUGGUGUAGAGUUACUCUAUAAUUUUGUUUUCCACACAAAUUUGGUCAGAAAGUUUGGAAUUCAAUGAACUGACCUCUACAGGAAAAAAAA